AUGGCCAAAGACGAUGUCCAAGACAACUUCUGGACUAUCGAGACUGACACCUUUCUGGACCACAUCCUUAUCUGGAAGACCGCUGACAACAACGUCCGCAAUGUCCUCCACACACUAAACUCGUCUUCAGCCCAGUGGCUUUCCCUACUGAAGGUUCCGAAGCUAGAGAAGGAGCUCUACUCUUCGUUCGCAGAUACUGCCAAUGCAAUCAUCGCUGCCUGCAGCGCCACUAAUCCCAUAGUUGAACUCGCGCUUGACAUCUUCUGGCAAGCGAGUCCUAAUAAAAGCCCGAAGUCUCCCAACCGGUGGUUGCCACAGAUUCGCCCUGACUUGCUGGCCGUUAUCGGACUAAAGGACGCCCUAGAUGAGUUCAAGAGACUCAACACACGGAUUCAAGAUCUUGAGCACCAACUGGGCUCUGGGCCGGAGGAAGAAGCUGAAAAGGAGGAUUUGAAGCUUCAGCGAAAGGAGGUGCUGAAGAAAUGCGAGUUAUGGUGGUUGCGUGUUCAUGUUCCUGUUGAGAUGAAACUGAAGGACAGUGAGGAGGAGAUGUUGGAAGGGAUACUCCAGCUCUGCAGCUACAUGUGGAUGGUGCUUGCCGAGCAACUGGACCGGCGCUUUGCUAUAGGACUUCUGUUGUGCAAGUCAAAGCUCAUAGUAUGGAUGUGCGACCGCUCUGGUUUGGUCAGAACAUGCACCACGAUCGAUAUCCACGCCAAGCCUAAAAAGUUCAUCAAGGUCAUCAUAUCUCUGUCUCGUCUCAAUCCCUCUAGGCUCGGUUGGGACACGACGAUGCGUAUCUAUCGCAUGGAGAUGGCUACAUAUCACUUCUCCACAGAUAAGGAUGUGACCGUCGACUACUAUGGUGUGAGCCCACAUGGGACGACUUGGGCUAUACAAGGUCCAAGAUCUGACGGAAACGAGGGCGAAGACAGGUACUUGACGGUCAAAGCUCUCAGUACCGUGUGA